UUAAAAGAAAGCAUCAAGAAAAAACAAUCGUUGUGUUUUGGAUAUUUUUGCCAUGAAAUAUGGCAGGAGAAAAUGAUACCAGUGCUGAAUGGGAGCUCAGUAAGGAAAACGUUCAACCUCUGCGACAUGGUCGAAAAGUGACCAGUUUGUCCGCCGCUUUGCAGCCUUUGUCAGGCGAUCAGCUAUCGAAGAUCCGAGAGCAAAGACAGGCAUUUGAAAUUGAACUAAGAACCUAUAAAGGUGAUGACCCCCUGGAUAUCUGGUAUAAUUAUAUCAAAUGGACUGAGGAAAAUUAUCCAAAGGGUGGUAAAGAUGGCCAUAUGAUGUCCUUGCUAGAAAAAUGUGUGAUUGUGUUCAAAGAAGAAGAGAAAUACAAAAAUGAUCAGCGAUACCUGGAAGUUUGGAUUAAAUUUGCAUCCCUUUCCUCAGACCCCCUGGAAGCCUACGCAUUCUUGUAUGAUCAGGGUAUAGGCUGUGAACUGGCAGCCCUGUACGAGGCCUGGACUUGGGAGCUGGAACAGGUGGGCAAUACAAAAAAAGCUGAUGCCUUAUACCAGGAAGGUUUAAAUCGUAGGGCUUUCCCUGUGGAUCGCCUUGAGAGGUCUUACAGGGAGUUUCAGGCUAGGACAGUGCGCCAGGCGACAGCCGACCUAGCUGAUGUGACCAUGAAUGAUCCACUAGUGGAGGAGAGGGUGGCGUUUGGUGCUCUUAAGGGGCGGGGCAAACACCAGACAGUCGGCUCUGUCAGAACAGGAGCAGCACUUCAAUCCCACAGGCCUGGACUGAGCUUGAAAACCCCAGCUCUUCAGCAAAGAGGACAAAAGUUUCAGAUUUUUAAUGAUGAGAACCAGAUGCCUUCUUCAAGUGUGCCUCCCCAGACUGGUGAAUGGGUAACUGUCCCCACACGGGCUGUCACUCACACGGAAAAUGACCAAGAGGCAGGGGCGUGGAGAAAGGCAAAGGUGUCCCAGAAGUCCACAGGUGUUGUGCCUAUAGCCUCUGUGUCCAGCUACAGCAGACCCACCUUUACUGUCCAUAUUGAUCCUGAUGCUGACCAGCAUAUGGUGACACCUAUGAAGUUACCAGAGUUUGGAAAUGCAGUUCUCAGUGCUAGAAAGCCUGGAAAGGAGCAGACCACACUGCAGCACCUUAAUCAGAUCGCAGAACAAGACCCCUCAUUGGUGCCCAUGUAUUGUAAGAACUUGGUGUACAAUGGCGUGGAAGAAUUUCAGUUUGAAGAGCUCCGAGCUGCCAAGUGGAAGAAAAGACAGGAAGAUAUUCAGCGAAGGGAGGAAAUACGCCGUCUUGAAGAAGAUCGUGCUGCAUUUCAGGAGGAAGUAAAACGUCAGAUGGAGGCUCAUCGCCAGCGAGAACUGGAGUUACAGCGUAAACACGAAGAGAUCAUAGCACAGAUAAGCAGUGGCAUGGCGGCUUUCAAUAGUGAGAGGGUGAGCAACUCUAGCUCUGAAGGUGUAACCAAUGCCUCACUCUCUGACCACAGUGGCCAGGUUGGGGCUAAUGUCAGCAUCAGAAAAAAAGGCCCUAUCCCAGCCGCGCCUAUUACCAACACUGUCCAUCCCCAUCCAUAUAAAACCAGUGAACAAAGUAUCACCAAGCACCUCAACUUUGAUGACCUGACUUUACACAAUCGUGGCUCCAAGAGUAGUGGAAAUCCUGACGAUGCUCCACCCCAGGGGGCUUCACUUCUUAACAACAGCUCCCAUACCCCCAAUAUGAGUGCAUCUGCCCACCUGACCAACUCAGGCAAAUCCUCAGGCAGGUCAUUCACAUUAAGCCACACCCCUGACAGUGCAUCCAGCUUCGGACAGCUUAACAGACAAACCCCGUCAAGAUGUAAUUCAUCUGGCCGGGAUAUAUACUUCAUAUGGAAACCUGGAAACAAACCUAGGCUUCUCACAGCUGUAGGAAAGCCACAGAAAAUGGACACCUCUGCUUCAGCCACCAGUGGGGCUUUUGGAGGUGAGGGUGUACCAUUCAAGAUCUUCAGUGAAAACAAUGCAACAAGAACCAGCACAGGCCUGCGAGCUCCUUUUGUUCAUAACACAGAUAGCGAUGUUGAAAACAGGGUACCCUCAGGUGUUAAUCACCAGCCUAAGAGAAGGGCUCUGGCUGGAAUUCUCCAGCCUCCCCAGGAACCUCCCAUUCUGAGCACAGCAGACUUUUAUGAGAGGACUCAAGAGCAGGAAGAACACAUGGAUGGACUGGAGUUUUCUAAUUUACAUUACCGCGACGAUAUCACCAUGGCCCCCCUGGGGUCACAGUCAGACUUUGCCGCUGCAGCUCGGCUGGCCUCCACACCAUUUACCCAUGUGUCAGAGGGGAAGCAGAAACACGCUGUGCAGCAGGGUAGUGUUAAUAAGAUAGACCUGGAGGAGGCAGGUGUAGAAAACGUGGAGAGUGUUGUCAGCCAGCAGAGUGAGGAUGUGGACAGUUAUAUUAAUGGGGUAGCCGUCAACAAGGAGAAGUCUGGCCUGAGUCCAAUAAUGGAGCUGAGCGAGGAUGAUGUGAAAUCUAUGACAGCUAGCAGUAACCAGACUAACCAUGCCUCCCACAUGGAGACAAAGCCUGGCAGGGACAAGCAGUUACCAGUAACCAUACCUGAAGCUGAGAUGUCAAACUCUAAAUCACCUCUUAACCAAUCCUGUCACGUUAUUGACACAUCCGGUUACUUGGCCACCGAGGACAAGACAGAGGCAUUGUCAGUCUCCAUAGCGAUCGACCCACGAGAUCCGUUUGAUCACCACACGAUAAAACGGUUUCUAUCAUGCUUGUCUGAGCCAGUGUCCUCGUACCCGGGCUACUUCAGCAUGGAAGGGAAAAUGCCAGAAAUUAAGCUUGUAUUCAACUUGGGUAAUGAUAUGUACACUGUGAAGAAGAAGCUAGGAGAAGGAGGAUUUGCCAAAGUCUUGCUCAUACAAAAGUUUAAUUAUGAUGACCCGGGCAACAUGGAUGAAGAUGAUGUUUGUGUUGCGAAGAUUCAGAGUCCCCCAAACCCAUGGGAGUUUUAUAUUUGCAGCACAGUACAGAAGAGACUGGCACGUCUGAGUAGCCCGGUUGAUGUGUCAUUGUCAAUGAUGUCAAUAGAUGCUGCGUACUUCUAUGAGGACUACAGUUGUUUGCUUAAUGAACCACAUGAGAAUGGAACACUUCUGGACCUGGUAAACAUGUAUCGGGGCACGCCACUAAUCAUGUCUGAACUGGAACCCUUUGCCAUGUUCAUCACAAUUGAGCUUCUUCAUAUGAUAGAACAACUUCACAGGUGUCAGAUCAUCCACGGAGACAUCAAACCAGACAACUUCCUCGUCAGAAAUUUUGUUCCUAAGCUGAGUGGUAGUGAUGUUCGCUCUGUGUUUGGGACCAGCACCCAGAUGCUGAAGCUGAUAGAUUUUGGUCAGAGUAUAGACAUGAGUCUGUAUCCCCCAGGGACCACCUUCACAGCUAAGGUUCACACCUCAGGCUUCCAGUGUAUAGAGAUGAAGACGGAUCAACCCUGGACCUAUCAGACGGACUUAUUCGGUCUGAUCGGCACAAUCCAUGUCGUGGUGUUUGGAGAAUACAUGAACAUCUUCCAGGAGGGGGGUAAAUGGAGAGUCACCUCCAAGUUUUCCAGGAAAUGGAAUGCUACACUUUGGAAAGACUUUUUUGAUGCCCUGCUUAACAUCCCCAGUUGCUCUGAGCUGCCUGACCUGUCAUAUUUCCGGCGUCAGUUUGAGGAAUACUUCGUGAGCUCGCUGGUGACAGCUUACAACGAUAUCACCAAGAAGUUAUGCUUUCCCCUGAGCUACUCCAGCCGAGAUUAGACCUAAACUGUAAC